AUGUUAGACGUCGAAAUCAAUCCAAUGUUUUUCAGUGGGCCGCUUCUACCGGAGCUGUUGCGCCGAGUUAUGGAGUUCCUUAAUGAUGAUUUCACUACUCUGCGAUCGGCAGUCUUGGUGAACAAGUCCUGGGCUGCGGAAGCCAUCAGUGUCCUUUGGCAGAAGCCGCCGGUGGCAGCCUUGGCAUCGAGUCAGGAUAACCACCGCCAAUUCUACGCGCGUCAGGUCCGUGAGCUAGAUUUUGGGGGUCCAAAUGACGGAGGACAACAUUCCCGUUUUCGUACCUUAGAGUUCCCAAGGCUUAAGCGUCUGACAAUCGACUAUUAUGGCCCAAAAGACGGAGAAAAGUUAUGGCUUGGUCAAUACAUACAGCCGAGCUUGGAAGAAUUUAGAUUUUAUGGGUCUGAGCCGGCUGAAGACUUACUUGGCCUACUGGAAACGCUUUGCCCACGACUGCAGAGCGUUCUGCUCGAUUAUGCAUUCGAGGGGAUAAACACUGAACGUUUAAUAAAAUUCUUUGACUGCUGCAGAUCUCUGAGAUCAAUAUGUCUGCCAUCUUUCAUGGACGACUUUGUCGACGACCAGAUGCUCACCUACCUUGCCCGUCGUCAUGGCCUUGAGGACCUGGAAUUGGGGCAGACUAUCACCUAUGAGAUGAUAAAGAAGGCCUUUCAAGGGGCAGAGACCCCUUUCAGGUCCAUCCGACGCCUCACAGUUCAACUGGAGUCGAAAGCAGUUGAACCACUCACUGCAGCCAUAAAAUCUGCUACCAACCUUCUACUUACCGUCGAAGACAACGAGCUGAGCCCUUUGCCACUUGUCAGGCCACUGAUAAAUCUUACUGAACUCGAGAUCGUAUUUUGUCAGGAGGCAAUUUGGCCAGCCACAGACUUACUUGCGCUCAGAGGAUUGAAGAAUUUACGCAGACUGUGUAUCUCUUCAUUAGAGGAUCCCCCAGCAUUCCACACGCUGACAGACCAAGAGUUUAUCCACCUUUUUGGGAAUAUGGGUAAACUUCAACAUUUGAUAUUCCAAGUCCAGUGCAACUUGUCAACAGUAGCGAUCACUUCACUAGGAACACAUUGUCGUCAACUUGAAUCCUGUGAGAUCUUUGGUUCCUAUGACUUGCAUGGCUGGUCAACCAUGGAACGACCGCUCUUUCCACAGUUACGACAGCUUGAACUUGGUGCAACAGUAACUGGAGAGCGAGAGUCACAGCCAUCUUCAUUGACCGUGGAUGCCCAGAUGCUCGCACGUCUAAUCGUGGAGCAUGCACCAAAUUUGGAAGAAUUAUACCUUCAGGAUCAUGAUGAAUUUUCUAAAAUGGUGGUGGCCGCUUUCAAAGCCCAAACUGGUAACGAAUACAACUCAUAG